GACGACCUCCGCAAGGACCUGCCCAUGUCGAUGGCCAUCGCCGGUUUUACAGGCAUCUCAUGGUUCAUCGGAGCUGAGAUCACCGCGUCGCUCUUCCUCAUAUUCAAGCGCCGACAUGGCCUGUACUUUUGGUCUGCCGCGCUCGGUUCCUGGGGCGUCAUCUUGCAGCCGCUCUUCAUUGUGCUCGCCGACUUUGGGAUAUGGACCGACCUCAAAGUCUCCAUCACCAUGAUCUACCUAACGUGGCUGAUCAUGGUGGUGCCCCAGAGCUGGCUCCUGUACUCCCGGCUGCACCUAGUAGCGCCCGAGAAGACUCUGAAGUGGAUCAAGUUUAUCUUGUUGUUUACUUCCAUUGCUUUUUCGGUGCCGACCAUAGUCAUCGGUACUAUCGCUCAAGCAACAGACAUAAAUCCUGAUCUCUUCCGGAUCAACCUGGCCUGGGACCGCGUGCAACUCACCGUCUACUUUGUCCAAGAAACUGCCCUCUCUCUUCUUUACAUCUGGCAUGCCCGCAAGCUCCUGCGCAACUCAUCGCUAUUCUCCCGUACUCACGUUUACCCCGUCCUUCGGCACCUCGUCCUCGCCAACAUCAUCGUCAUCGUGCUGGACGCUGCCCUCCUCGGCGUCCAGUGCGCCAAUCUGUUCUACCUGCAGGGCGCCUUCAAGCCGUGCGUGUACGGCGUCAAGCUCAAGGUGGAGUUUGCCAUCCUGAAUCGGCUGAUC